UGCUGAAGGGUGGGAUGCGUUUGAGUAAAGGAACAUUUACGCAGCUCGGAAUGUUAUACGAGCCACAGGACACAGUAUAUAUGUGUGUAGAAAUAUAUAUAAUGUAGAAAUGAGUUACUGAAUAAGACAAUGCAACGUUUUAGCUUCUCGCUUCUUGGAAAGCUUCCGGUUGAAGGCGAGACUUUCUGACUGCACAUGCGCUAUAGGCGGUGCCCUGGGGUUCCACUGCGCAUGCGCGGCACUGGCGCCGUAAAGAAAAUGAAUGCAGGGGAAGGACGAAGUCAUGGUACUGCAGUAACACAACCACUGGAGAUGACCAAGGGCAGUGGCAGAGCCAGAGAAGGACGGAACAGACGAGAGAGAUGUCCAGUCUGAGGAAAAAAUAGACGGUAUGGGCAGUUAGUCUCACUCUGGAAGGUCUGGUCACUGUGUCUGUGUUUGUGUAUAGAGGUCAGAGGUCAUGGGGGAGGACUUUGGGGUUUUUGUGGACUGGUCGCUGAUGGGCGAUGUGUCCAAUGAUGCAGCACCAGGAAAAACCGAAUACACGGACGUCAAAGAGCGAAAGCGCCACGCCCGCUCGGGUCAGUGGGUGAAGAGCCACUCACAGCGAGCGCUGGUGUACCGGCGCCUCAUUAAAGCGCUGCCAUGCCGCUCGGUCACGCCGGACGCUAGCGUCUACCAGACCGCCGCGGUAAAACAGACCAAACAUGACGGUGCUACAGGAGCAAAACAGCACGGUGACAUGCUGACCGUACCUUUGCCUGAGUUCGCGUCCGGAGCUCCUGUUCCAAGUUACUGUUUAAAGCCAGAGUCCGCCAGCUCAGUGGGCACAGUUUUGGAGUCUCUAGCAUCUGAAUUUCCAGAUGUUUCCUACUGCCCACUCUUACCGGCCGUCACUGCGCUGCUGCUUCACUGGAGCUCGGACGAGGCUCAGUGUUUCGAAGCUGUGGCUCGAUUGUUAGCGACAACGCAGCAGCAGCGCAUGCUACACCAGACCUUCCUGGCUCAUCGAGCUUCCUGCAUGACCUUUGGUGACCUGGCACGCAAGCACUGCCCGGCUGCUCACCAGCAUAUCGUUUCCUUGGCAACGGAAAAGAAGGAAGACGCAGCGGAGGUGUACGGAGACUGGCAGCGCUGGGUGUUCGGUGAUCUCCCCUUCUCCCAUGCCGCCCGGGUCAUGGACGUCUUCCUGGUGGAAGGGUUUAAAGUGCUGUACAGAGUGGCACUGGCCCUGCUCAAGCUCUACAGGAAGCAGAAACUGGACAAGAGCACCAGCAGGAAGGACGCAGGCGGGGUCAGGGACGACAUGCGAGAGUUCGUGAAGUCCAUCGCGAGCAGCGUGAGUCCUGAUAAGCUGAUGGAGAAAGCCUUCGCUAUAAGGCUCUUCAGCAGAAAGGAGAUCAACCUGCUGCAGCUGGCCAAUGAGAAAGCUCUCCAGCAGAAAGGCAUCACCGUCCAGCAGAAGAGGUUUAAUGUUGACCUGACGGUGAAUGUGGACAGUUUCUGCUCGGACAUCAUCAGUGUGAAGGAGAUCAGGGAUGUGUGGUCAUGGAUUCCUGAACGAUUCGCUCUGUGUCAGCCUCAGCUACUGUUCAGCACCUCCACACAUGGCUGCAGCCUCAACCGGUUUUAUUCACACUGUGAAGGACAUGAACCCACACUACUGCUGAUCAAAACUACUGAAGGAGAGGUGUGUGGGGCAUUCCUAUCCACAGACUGGGAAGAGAGGAAGCGAGGAGGAAACACACUGAGCUUUUUUGGGACAGGCGAGUGUUUUGUCUUUAAGAUGAAGCCUGAGAUGGAGAGGUAUGAGUGGGUCAUCAUUAAACAUCCGGAGUUGGCGAGCUCUUCGUCUGAUCGUACGGCUGAUGCUAACGCUCCAGAUGAGAACAUACACUCACUUCCCGUGGAGGCUCCGCCCAACUCUGGGACUGAUUCCACCCACCUCUCACCAUUCCUUGCUGCCCGACACUUUCACCUGAACGCUCGCAACACCUCCAUGUUCAUGGCUGGAAACUUUGACUCUGUCAUCAUCGGAGGUGGUGAAGGGAACGCUCUGUAUUUGGACUCGGAGCUGAAUUACGGCCGGACGGCUUCAUGCUCCACCUUCGACAAUCCACCACUCUGCUCUGAGAACUUCCAGAUAGCAGUUCUGGAGGUCUGGGGCUUCCAUGACGCCAUGGCAACCUAACAACCAAUUAAAACAUCGGGAGAGACCAGAGAGAGAGGGAGGGGGAGAGAGAGAGAUAAAGCCAUAAUUACAGAUCUCUAUAUCGUUAUGUUAUGCAGAUGGAUGUAUGGAGACACAUCCUGAUAAUCCUGAGCCUGCUGUCCACUUCACUGUCCACUUCACAGUGCACUACAUUUGGACAAGUUCCUACAUAAAACCCAGCAGCAGAACAAUAAGUCCCAUUUCUCUCCAGUACAAUAUCAGUGUCUACAUACAGCUUCCUGUUUUCUACUCUUCAUUAUCUGUGUCACUUCCUGUGAAGGAACUAUUUCUGAGUUAAUGAUCACGGUAAAUUGCCAUACUGACAUCUCACCACACCUCUGUCCAGCAUCAUCAGCGUGUUUCUUCUUAAACACAGCAUCACUCUAUCACAGUGUAAUAUCAGACUGAUGUACUCAUCACACCCUGGACUGAAGCCUCUACACAGUACCCACAAUGCACUGCAAUCUAUCAUAGAUCUAUAUCAUUUGUUAUUACAUGUUAUAACACUCGUUAUAGCGAGUUCAUGCUAGUUUCAGAAAUGUUCUUUAUUCCUGGUUUGGAUCAUAUCACCAUGCUCUGUGAAUGCUGUGUGGAUUUUAGAUUAACAUUAGAUAAAUAUUCCAUGUGUAGAUUUGCCAAAUCCUCAUUUUAUCAAACUGGCUUGGUGUUUGUGUGUGUGUGUGUGUGAUCAUGUGUGUGUUAGUAAUGUAAUGUGUAUGAACAUAUCAUUAAAAUUGUAAUUGUUUAAAUGGUAAAGUCUUAAUGAUGAAUGGUGAAAGAUGAUGUGUGUGUGUGUGUGUGUGUGUGUUCAGCAGUGUUAUUCUUGUGUAUAUCAUCCAUGUUAAGCACAUGACUGCAUCAGAAAUGUGAAUAAUGUGUGUAAUAAAGUGUUUAGAGCAAACAUUCAA